AUGAUCUUGAGCAAUGCUAAGUACAGCUUGCGCAUCUACGAAGUGAUUCGUGCACGCAACUCCCAACCCGAUUUGACUGGUGACGCCGAUAUAUGCAACCUCCGGCGCCCAUUCACCUUGAAUCAGCUGUACGACCCCAGAUUCAAACUGCUUCGCCUUGUCUUCGCUUUCGAACGUGAUCUUCUCAAGGAGGCGUGCCACCUCGUCCUGCAUCUCGUCGGCUAUCUACAAGCCUUCUUGGCGCGUUCGGGGUCCGUCUGCUUCCCGUACUUGUCAAUGAUUGUAGCAAGGAAGCGGUUCAAUUUGCUCUUCCGCGUAUCCGCGUCGAGCUUCGUCCAUUCGGCCUGCCAAGUCGCUCUGCCCUCUUGA